AUGAGCUUCCCCGACUUGCCCCGUGAAGUGCAGUAUCGAAUUCUCAACCAUCUCGACCUCCUCUCCUUCUUCAAAUACGCCAAAUCUAGCAAGAAGUCCUGGGAAAUAGCCGCAACUUGUCCAGACAAGUAUUGGAACCUCGCCCUGGUCGUCAAGCCGGAAGAUCAGCUGACCGUUUAUCCAAACCAUCUGCGAAACUGGCUGGUCAAUGAUGAGAAAACGAGGCUUCUUCUAUUUUCUGGAGCUCUCGUCGCUAGUCUACGCAUUCAGGACCCGGAUUUUCGGAUACCGGGUCUGACCGCAAAGAACUUGGAGUUGGAUGAUACGGGUGCAGACUUGAUGCCAAUGCUAGAAUACUUCAAACCUGCGGGCAAAUUCGAAAGUCUAAAUUUUUGGUAUUUGCGACCAAACUCCGAAAUUGCUCAGUUUGCCGAAAAGCACGCAUCAAACUUAUUCAUCCGGAGCUAUACGUACCUGAUUAACUAUUCUGAGUUUAAGAACGAUCGUAUGAAAGUGGAGGUGCCGCGCCCACUCAACCAUAAGUUUAUUCCAUUUCUCGAAAGAUUGGUGGAAGAAUGGUUAAACGGCAGUAGAAAAAUCGCGGAGAUUGAAAUUCUGGCCCUGGGCAUUGGUCCAAGCAGUCUGAAUGGCUUGUCGAAAUAUACGAGACAUAUCGAUCCACAUCGUGCUACGAUAAAAAGAUGUGAUGGGGGCGUCCUUGUAGUGAGUAGCGUGACGGACCGUUUUUGGCCGUAUGUGGAGCUGGUCGGGGAAGAGCCGAAUGCCGAAUUUUUAUAUCAA